CAUUGUGUAUGCUUCUUGUAGCUCUUAAGACUAUUUAUACCCAGGGGGACAUUUUGUGUUUGUAUGAGUAGGGAUGAACCCUACUUUGUGGGUUCUCCAUGCUUUCUGUGGGUUCUCCCUUAUGUUCUGUGAAUAUGAGAGGAAAGCAAGGAAGGUAACAAUGGAGUCAAGGACGAGAAAGAGGAGAAGCAAGGUGGGCCCUAUAACAUAGCCUCUGAGAAUGGCAGGUGCCCAGAUAUUGUGCUGGGGAAUAUGCUUGUUUCAUUGCGUUAGUUAGUUCUCAGUGGACCAGAGCAGAGGACAAGAACGGAAGCCGUGACACCCACCCUACCAUAAGUUUGGGCUUCCUCCAAAAUCAUUUCCUUUCUUUGUGUGGAUGCAGUGGGCUGGAUAGAGAGGAUAAGUAGGCUGCAGGAAGCUCCCUCCACACCCUAGAGCCUGAGGUGGCCCUGAACGAAUGGUCAUUGCUGGGUCUUUUGCCUCUGCCCUUGGUCAGAUCUGCCUUCAGUUCCAUGGGAGGCUUUGAGGGUCAUCUGUUCCCGGGGCUAUCUUUCUUCUUCUAUGGUCUUUAUCAUGCACGACUGUUCUCCAGGGCCUCGAUAUGCAACUACCCUGUCCAGUAUCCACCAACCCGUCCCUGGAGCAAGGGAAGAUGGGCCAAGCUGCAGCAAAUAUACUAUGUUGGAUUGCUGAAGAUGUUGAGCGCCUGUGUUUUAGUAGCUCAAGAGCUGCAUAAUGUUCCUGGAGAGUUUGUACUUAUCACCAGGCUAUUUCACCAGAGAAACUUUAUAUACCACAAAGAGUGGCAGCAUCUCACUCUAUACAUGAGCUUCUUCCUGAGCGGUUGUGUGGAUGCGGUAAGCCAGAACCUGCUGCCCCAGCGAUGUGCUGCUCUGGAGCAAGGUGCACAAGCGCUGGCCUUUUUUAUGUGUCUGCCCUUGAUGGUGUCUCAUAUUCAGGACACAGAAGGCGUAGAGCUUCAGGCUCACAUCCUGCUCAUCCAGGCUAUGUUCCUGCUGAUGCUGGUGGUGACCGCUGAGCUGUGGGCUCCCAAUAUGCCUCAGAUCUGGGUGAUGAAGGCCUUUUUACAUAUGGUGGUAGGCUCUUGGCUGAUUCAUAUAGGCUUUAUGCUGUUCAAACCAAUCUCUGGCUAUAAAUGGAUGGAUGAUGACAAAAAUGACAUUAUGUUUGUCACCACCUUCUUCUGCUGGCACGUGGCCUUUGCUGCCGUUUUGAUGACCUGGAUCUAUGGCUUCUCCUUUGUGUGGUAUUGUUACAUUUGUUGAUGCCUGAACCAGCCCCAGCUGGCUCUCACCUGCACACUCUGGGACAUCUGGAAGAGAAGCUGUGAAAGGUGGAGCUGUCAAGGUGAUCAGGCCUCCUCCUUUCAGAGGACCUACCUGAGGCAGCUGACUCUGCUGGGGCAGGGCAUACCCGUUACUAACCUCUCGCUUUUCUUGAUCUUAUUUGCUGAGCAGCAUGCGAAAGACGGGUAAAUUAAACAAGACAGGCACAUCAGUAUGAUCUUCAUUCUUGAUCCCCCAAGUAUUUCCC